CUAGAGGCUUCGGUUGUACACUACUCAUUUUGGUAGAUUUUGGUCUUAUAAAAUGCGACAACCAAAUGGAGCGUGUGUGUAGAUUAUGUUUACACGAUGGUCCUAACUUGGAAUCCAUCAAGAAUCUUUCGACCAAUUGCACUGAACAAGAUGAACCCAUUAGUGAGGAUUUUUUUCAACUUAUUUUCCGGUAUUUAUCGAUACAGAUAAUUAAGCAUGAAUCUUCAGAAGAAAUAGUUAUUUGUAGCACCUGUCGAUCAUCGAUACUAGAUUGGCACCGGUUUCGAGAGUGCUGUAUCCGAAAUGAUGAAAUUUAUCAAAAACUUGCCUUAGAGGUAAUUACAGAAAAUCUCACGCAAACGAUCGAACCACGCAAAGAAUCCGAUAUCGAUGAACCAAAACAAGAAAACAGCUAUCACGAUGAUGUAGCGGAGAACGGAGAAGAUCCCGAUUAUUCGGAAGAUUGUCUGUACGACGUUCAGUGCGAAGAUUCAGCAAGUACUCUAGGCGAUGAUUUGCAAGACCAAUUGGACCAAGAGUCUAACUCUGAGAACAGCUCGUCGCCAACUUCCAAGAUACCACUGAAAAAACGCGGAAGGCUCAAGAAGAGCAAAGUUCGUACUCAAGAGGCAGAAAUCAAGUGCGAAUCUCCGGAGUUUGAAAAAACAGUUAAGAAGCGAGGUAGACCCAAACUGGCCAUCAAAGCAGAGCGACGAGCCGAAGUUUGUACGAUAUGUGGAAAAUUUAUCAAGAACAUUUCAGAACACAUGCGAAUCCAUAACAAUGAAAAACGGCAUCAAUGUCCGUUUUGCCCGAAAGCUUUCGUGAGCGCUUCCAACUACAAUUCGCACGUGAAUAUCCACACGCGUGCAAAAAUGUACAAAUGCGACCUGUGCGAUAAGCAGUAUCCAAUGCUCAACGGAUUGAAACAGCAUCGGAAAACACAUCUGAAGGAACGUGUUUAUUUGUGUCCGGUUUGUGGGAAAGCUUACUAUCAACCGACUGGGCUGGCCAGACACAAACGAACCCAUUUCGAGGAACCGAAAAUCAAGUGCUCCGAGUGUGAUAAAAUGUUUCUCACCAAUGCUGACCUACGGAAACACUUCACCAAGCAUCUGGACGAAAAACCAUUCGCUUGUGACAUCUGUGGACGGGCGUUUAGGAGAAAGGAUAACCUUGUAACUCACAUGAAAACGCACCGGGCGAUCAUCCAAACUGCAGUCAAAAACGAUCCUCCUCCACAAGUACGGUUAGCUGCUGAGUGAUAGUUGGAUAAGUAUUAAUGCAUCGAACUACUGUAAGACGGAACAAAAAUUCAUCAGCAAUAAAACACAUUUUAUUAAAAUUCUCAACUUGAAAAUCUCAUGGAGAAAUUCGACUCGGUACGUUCAACAAGAUCAAGAUCAGUCUUUCGAUGUGCAAGGUGGUAUGCAAAAUUCAACAUUCAAUACUCAUCAGUACAAAUUUUAUACGGCAAC